AUGGGAUGCGUCAAAAGCAAAGAGGACAAAGGCCCCGCCAUCAAAUACGGCCAGGAGAAUCCUUCGCCGACCGAACCCAAUGCCGCCGCCGCCCUGCCCCACACUGGACACUACGGGCCAGAUCCGACCCAGUUACAACCCACUCUGCCGCCUUCCGCCUCCUGCGCUGGUGCAACUAACUUCAACUCUCCCUUCACGCCCUUCGGAGGGUCCUCAACUGGUAUGACCCCCUUUGGAGGGGCGUCCUCCUUCACCGGUCCAGUCUCCAACUCCUUCUCUGGUUCCGUCCCGAGUGGCGUGACCUUUUUUGUGGCGUUGUAUGACUACGAGGCCAGAACGUCGGACGACCUGUCGUUUAAGAAAGGCGAUCGAUUCCAGAUCAUCAACAAUACGGAGGGAGACUGGUGGGAAGCUCGCUCCAUCACCAGUGGGAAGAAAGGCUACAUUCCCAGCAACUACGUAGCGCCUGCAGACUCCAUACAGGCUGAAGAGUGGUAUUUUGGAAAAAUGGGCCGAAAAGACGCGGAGAGAUUGCUGCUGAAUCCAGGAAACCAUCGAGGGACCUUCCUGGCGCGAGAAAGCGAAACCACCAAAGGUGCGUUCUCUCUCUCCAUCCGCGACUGGGACGAAACCAGAGGUGACAACGUGAAGCACUAUAAAAUCCGUAAGCUGGACAGUGGCGGGUACUACAUCACCACGCGAGCGCAGUUUGACACCUUGCAGAAACUUGUCAAACACUACACAGAACAUGCUGAUGGACUCUGCCACAAGCUCACCAGCGUUUGCCCAACUGUCAAGCCUCAGACACAAGGUCUUGCCAAGGAUGCUUGGGAGAUACCCCGAGAGUCCCUAAGACUAGAGCUGAAGCUGGGUCAAGGCUGCUUUGGAGAGGUCUGGAUGGGUACAUGGAACGGCACCACCAAAGUGGCCAUUAAGACGUUGAAGCCAGGAACCAUGUCACCAGAAGCUUUCCUGCAAGAGGCUCAGAUCAUGAAAAAGCUACGACACGACAAACUGGUGCCGUUGUACGCUGUCGUAUCUGAGGAACCCAUUUACAUCGUCACUGAGUACAUGGCUAAAGGGAGCUUGCUCGACUUCCUUAAAGAAGGCGACGGAAAAUUCCUGAAGCUUCCCUUGCUGGUCGACAUGGCUGCACAGAUUGCUGACGGAAUGGCGUUCAUCGAAAGGAUGAACUAUAUCCACCGAGACUUACGCGCCGCCAACAUUUUAGUGGGUGAAAACCUGGUGUGCAAAAUUGCUGACUUCGGCCUGGCCAGGUUGAUAGAGGACAACGAGUACACUGCGAGGCAAGGAGCAAAAUUCCCUAUCAAGUGGACGGCACCGGAAGCGGCACUUUACGGUCGCUUCACCAUUAAGUCGGACGUGUGGUCCUUUGGUAUCUUGAUAACCGAGCUAGUCACCAAAGGCAGAGUGCCGUACCCAGGCAUGGUGAAUCGCGAGGUUCUCGAGCAGGUAGAGCGCGGCUACCGCAUGCCUUGCCCGCAGGGAUGCCCAGAGUCCCUGCAUGAAAUGAUGAAGCUGUGCUGGAAGAAGGAAGCGGACGAGCGGCCCACUUUCGAGUAUAUUCAGUCCUUCCUGGAGGACUACUUUACCGCCACAGAACCCCAGUACCAGCCUGGGGAGAACCUAUAG